AUGCAAUCUCGGCCAGCUUCACCUGCGAGUUAUACCAAGUUUGCGCCUUUCGAUGACAAGCCACCGCCUCCAGGGGGUUCACCACGGUCUAACAAGCGAUCCUACCCAUCUGGCCACAGUUCGGGUAUCACGAGCCCAGAAAAUGCCACCGCGCACCAUAACCCGAAGAAAAUUCGGACAAUGGAAUCACCAACCAGGUCAAGAGCCAUGGAAGCAACAGAUGCUGAUAUCGGCAUCGAGGGAUUCAACAUCGUGAUGAACGUUGAGGGCCACAAUCCGUUGACCGAAUCAUCCUUCUGUAUUCUCUCCGACACAUGCAGCGAGAAGGCCCCAGGAAAGAGCGCCACCACCAGCCGCUCAAUAGCUCUCUUAGGGACAUCUUGGCUGGGAUAUAAAUAA